CGUCAACAUAGCGGCUCUAUGCUAUGACAGCAGCGGGCUGCGUGAGGUUGUGCUCCCCAAACAUGUCUCCUGUCCCCUGGGCUGAUGUGUCCGAUGUGACCCGGGAUGGAGCUCUCCCUGCGGCCUAAACUACCUGUUUAGCUUUAAUGUAGCGAGUCGUCGGGAGCGUCAAAGCCAGCGGAGGUAACUAACGGUGCUCUUUAUUUAUUCAGCCGAAGAUGGCGGAGUUCUCACCAGUCCUACCGAUGCGGGAUGGAGGAGGACGGUUUGCCCAGCCCAUCUUCCCACGGUCCAGGUCCGGUUCCGAGUCAGAGAGCGAACUUUCCCAGAGCUUGGCCCGAACCAAGAUCCGCUCGUAUGGAAGCACAGCCAGCGUGACGGCCUCGCUGGGGGAGAAAUACAUGGAGCAUCGGGUUACAGACAACGAUACUCUGCAAGGGAUCGCCCUGAAGUACGGCGUCACGAUGGAGCAAAUCAAAAGAGCCAACAAGCUCUUCAGCAACGACUGCAUCUUCCUGAAGAACAGCUUGAACAUCCCUGUGGUGUCGGAGAAGCGCUUUGUUUUUAAUGGACUGUCUCUGGAGUCUCCUGACGGGGACGGUGAAGCAGCCUGCCAAGAGACGGGCACGCCCCAUCUCAUGAUGAAUGACAUUGAGGGACCCUCGCCGCCCUCUUCCCCUCCCCAUUCCGACGACUCCAAACCCAUUCAGCCUCAGCCAGAGGAGCUUUCGGCCAAAGACUUUCUACACAGACUGGACUUGCAAAUUAAACAGUCAAAACAGGCGGCGCGCAGGCUGAAAGAAGAGGAAGUAAGGAGCAAAGAGGAGAACUUCAUGACCCCUGAAUCAGCUUACCAGGAGAUCUAGAUGAACAGCACGUUUACCUGAAGCAAUCGCCUGGAUUUACACAAAAUCAACCUCAUGCUUGUUUGUUUCCUCCAUCUUUUUGUGUUUACCAGUUUUGAACAAGUGUCAUGUUUGCCUUCUUAUUUAUUGACCUGUUUUGAUGUAUUUUACGGUUCACUUUGUUUUUUAAAGUUUUACCAGCUGUCUGAGGACGUGUGCCCGCCCAGCGUGCAUCUGUGAAGCUGCUGUACAGAACACACACCUGCUGCACUCAAACGUGGUGCGCUAAGCGAUUCCAGUAAGGAUUAGCUCGACCUGCUAAACGCUUCUGAUGUUCUAAAGCUCCUUGUAGAAUAGGAUCACUGGAGGGUAUAUUCAGGCCUUCCUCAUCAGUGUUCACCCAUGAAUGAGCUCAAAUCCCCAAAACAGAGGCGACAGACUCUCGGACUCGAACCUUUGAAUGUGUCUCAUUUGCCUCAUAAAAGCUUUUUUUUUUUUUUUUUUUAACAGAGGGCAGAGAGCUCUAUUUUUGGAGUGUGAAUGCAUUAUUUAUGUGUGUGGAGAACUGUCUGUAACAGCUGUUUUAUUGUGAUUUUAACUUUUUGUUGUAUUCGAGGGAAAUAAAUGUGUAUUUAAGUCAAA